CAAAACCAAACAAAGAAAUAAUAAAAAAUAAAAAAAGAAGGAAAGAAAGACAGAAUUUUAGUAAACAAAGCCUUAAUCCUCACUGUAAGCUUACAGUUUUCGUGUCUCGCGGCGACAUUAUUAUAAGUAUUUUUAUCAUUAUCAUUUAUUAAACGCCAUUCCUGUCUUUCUUGUUCUCCCUCUGAUCUGUAUUGGUUCUCGGUUAGGUCUGCCCUGGUAUCUCUGUGAACACUUGCAUUUGAGGGUAAGUGGCAGAGUGUUAAAAUGGAGAGGAAGCAGGGGUUCUUUUCGGCGUUAAAGGAGGAGGUGGUUAGAGGCUUGUCGCCGCGUAGGUCCAGAGCCAAGAGUCCGGUAAGGAGUGCAUCCCCAAUGUCGAGUUUGUUACGGAGGAGAAAGGGACGUAGACACCACAUGGCGCAGCCGGAGCCAUUGAUUAUAGCAAGAUCGGGGACCUUGAGGCCGGUGGAGGCUUUAUCGCCGUUGAAGGAGGGGCCGGAUCAAGAUGUUGAUGGAGAUUCGAGGAUGGAAGGGAGUUGGGGCCACUGGAUGAAGGGACAACUGUCCAGAACACCGUCCGUUUCGUCGUCUAAUGUGUGCAAGCGGUCCGAUCUGAGGUUGCUGCUGGGUGUACUUGGUGCGCCGCUUGCUCCGGUGCACGUCAGCUGCGCCGAACCUUUGCCUCAUCUUAGUAUAAAAGAUACUCCAAUUGAAACUUCAUCUGCUCAGUACAUAUUACAGCAGUACACAGCAGCUUCAGGAGGGCAAAGAGCUCAAAAUUCCAUCCUCAAUGCUUAUGCAAUGGGAAAGGUGAGGAUGAUAGCUUCUGAGUUUGAAACAGCAAACAAGGUCACUAGGAAUCGGAAUUCCUCCAAAGCUGCUGAGUCUGGUGGGUUUGUCCUCUGGAAAAUGAAUCCAGACAUGUGGUAUGUUGAGCUUGCUCUUGGUGGCAGCAAGGUUCAUGCUGGCUGCAAUGGGAAGCUUGUGUGGAGGCACACACCCUGGCUUGGAGCACAUGCUGCAAAAGGUCCUGUUAGACCAUUGCGUCGUGCACUUCAGGGUCUUGACCCAAGAACAACUGCAAGUAUGUUUACCAAUGCAAGAUGCAUUGGGGAGAAGAAGAUCAAUGGAGAUGACUGCUUUAUUCUCAAGAUAUGUGCAGAUCCUGCAACUCUAAAGGCUAGGAGUGAAGGACCAGCAGAGAUCAUAAGGCAUGUUUUGUUUGGCUACUUCAGCCAGAAAACUGGGCUCCUUGUUCACAUAGAGGACUCCCAUUUGACACGCAUUCAAAACAAUGGAGGUGAUGCUGUGUACUGGGAGACUACAAUCAAUUCCUUCCUUGAUGAUUAUAGGCCUGUGGAUGGUGUUAUGAUUGCUCAUUCAGGGCGUUCUGUAGUAACCCUUUUCCGGUUUGGAGAUACAGCAAUGAGCCACACCAGGACCAGAAUGGAAGAAGCAUGGGCAAUUGAGGAAGUAGCAUUCAAUGUCCCAGGCCUGUCAAUGGAUUGUUUUAUUCCUCCUGCUGAAUUAAGAUUUGCUUCUAUGAGUGAAACCUGUGAGCUUCCUCAGAGUCAGAGGGUAAAACCUGCAGUACCUGCUGCAGCAUAUCGUACCAAAGUUGCUGCAUUGGACGGAUCCCGUGAUAACAUUGCUAACAAUAACGUGUGGAAAACAUAUAUUUAGGAAAUGGAAAGAGCUUUUGGCAUGCUGGUGCACAGCAAAGGGUAGGUGUCUAGUUUACUGGACCAAUCAACUAGGAGGCGAACUGGUAAUGGCAAUAGUAGGUAGUCGUUUGCAAAGUUUUGGCAUUGAAUCAAUGUCUCUUUGAAUUUGUAAAUAGAGCAGAGUCAUUUUGCAUAUUUUCUCAGGUUCUGAUUAAAUAAUUAGUAUUCUCCAAGGAAGAAUUCCAAUAUGGACUCAGAGCUUGGGUUUAUAGUGGGUGAUAGAGCUGACGGAGGUUUGUUUCUCCAUUUACCCAGUUGCGUAGAUGUCUUCGUUAGUGAAAUCUAAAGUUCUUCUUUGUUGUAUGGUUUUAUCAUCAAUGAAGCAAUUCAAGUGUAGUAAA